AGAACCCUAACGUUUCAUCAUCAAAAUGCAGAGAAACGAUAUGGUUGAAUAUUUUGGGGAGCAAUUAUCUGGUUUUGCUUUUACAGCCAAUGGAUGGGUUCAAUCUUAUGGAUCUCGCUGUGUUAAGCCACCAAUAAUCUAUGGUGAUGUCAGUCGCCCAAAACCAAUGACUGUCUUCUGGUCUUCACUGGCACAGAGCAUGAGCAAGCGCCCAAUGAAGGGAAUGCUUACCGGCCCUGUUACCAUUUUAAACUGGUCUUUUGUUAGAGAUGACCAACCGAGAUUUGAGACUUGCUACCAAAUUGCUUUGGCUAUUAAGGAUGAGGUAGAAGAUCUCGAGAAGGCUGGCAUUAAUGUCAUUCAGAUUGAUGAAGCUGCUUUAAGAGAGGGUUUGCCUCUUAGAAAGUCCGAGGAAGCGUUCUACUUGAACUGGUCUGUACAUUCAUUCAGGAUAACCAGCUGUGGUGUUCAAGACACUACCCAGAUUCACACCCACAUGUGUUAUUCAAACUUCAACGACAUCAUCCAUUCAAUCAUCGACAUGGAUGCUGACGUCAUCACCAUCGAGAACUCCAGGUCCGAUGAGAAGCUUCUUUCUGUGUUCCGUGAGGGAGUGAAGUAUGGUGCUGGUAUUGGCCCUGGUGUAUACGACAUCCAUUCGCCGAGGAUUCCGUCAACUGAGGAAAUCGCCGACAGAAUCAGCAAGAUGCUUGCGGUCCUUGACACCAACAUCCUCUGGGUCAACCCCGACUGUGGCCUCAAGGCGCGCAAGUAUCCUGAAGUUAAGCCUGCACUAAGCAACAUGGUGGCAGCUGCUAACCUCCUCCGCGCACAAUUGGCCAGCACCAAGUGAGCUUGAGUUACCAUAAUCGAUCCAAUGUGAAAAUACCCUGGCUUUUUACUCUUAUAUGCAAGAAUUAGGGAGAAUACUUUUCUCCAAGAAAUAAAAUGUAGGUUUCUGAGUUCUGGCAAAUUGUAUGGUCUUUGAAAAAUUGUUUAUCAAUCUUCUAUACGAUCCUAAAACUUUACAUAAAUAUAUAUUUGAUCAGUCAGUCAACUA